CGUUCUUUUGACGUCACGUAUCUCGCCAGGUACAGAAGUCCAUCGUGCAGAAUGAAAACAACUUUUGCUUAAUCUUCAUUAACAACGUGGGAGCGGAUCGUCAACGGAUUCACAUUUGUGGAGCAUCAUGGCAGAGAAACCUCAGCUGGUCAGUAUUUCGCCAGAGGACAUCGAGACUGAUGAGUGUUUGCGCACAUACACACACAUCUACAGCCCUGAUCUGCUCAUUGAUCAGGUUGCUUUUAUAACCGGCGGCGGGUCAGGUAUUGGAUUUAGAAUAGCAGAAGUUCUGAUGCGGCAUGGGUGUGACACGGUCAUUGCCAGUAGAAAUCUGGAGAAACUCUCUGAGGCAUCAAAGAAGUUAACCGGGGCUACAGGCAAGCGAUGUUUGCCGAUAGUAAUGGAUGUGCGUAAACCAGAGACAAUUACUGCUGCCGUGGAUGAAACAUUGAAGACUUUUGGACGUGUUGACAUACUUAUUAACAAUGCUGCAGGUAAUUUCUUGUGCCCAGCGACAUCCUUGUCAUUUAACGCUUUCAAGACAGUAAUGGAGAUCGACACCAUGGGAACUUUCAACGCUAGUAAAGUGGUGUUUGACAAAUGGUUCAAGGAUCAUGGAGGCUCCAUUGUCAACAUUUCCGCCACACUGGGAUACAGAGGUCAGGCUCUCCAGGUGCAUGCUGGGUCGGCAAAGGCUGCAAAUGAUGCCAUGACAAGGCACUUGGCGGUCGAGUGGGGCCCCAAUGGUGUGAGGGUGAACACAGUGGCCCCAGGGCCCAUCUCUGGCACAGAGGGAUACCGUAGACUGGGUGGUUCUCAUGCCGAGACUGCAGGGGCUUUCCGCGGCAUCCCAUUGCAAAGAGCCGGCAAUAAGACAGAAAUUGCACAUGCUGUUCUUUUCCUGGCCAGCCGCGCUGCUUCAUACGUCACUGGAACCAUACUGGUCACCGACGGAGGGGCGUGGCUCACCUCGACCAAUGACGUGGAGCAGAUGCUGGGUAUUAUCUCAUCUCGCUCUGCAAAACUAUGAACAGACAGCACCGCACACAGGUUUUUGGUCUGCAGAGAAAAGAAAGGAUAAAUAGCAUUACUAAAGUGGAUGAAAUAACCGCAAUGGACCAGUUGUAAUCAGGCCAACAUCUCCAUGAAGAUAUUAUUGAAGCUCGCAAAAACAUGCCCGGAUUAUUUUCACCCUCAAAAACCAAAGAAAAAAAGUGAAAUUAUAUUCUGCAUAAAGUAAAAUAAGCCUAUUUUUAGGAUUAUUAAAAACAUUGAUAUUAUUGAAAUUAAGUAAUUUCCACCCUAAUUCUAAUUUUCAUAAUGCUCUGUUAUACUAUUUUAGUUUAUUCUUAAUCAUGAAAUUUAAGGCAUAAAUUAAUGUCAAUAUUAUGAAUUAUGAAUGUUACAAUUUUAAUCUGAUUCAUUAUUUUUUGUCUCUCUCAUUCAUGGUAACAAGAAAAAAGACAGCAGUUUAUGCAAAUAUAUUUUCAAAUUUUCUUUUGAUUUUGAGGUGAGAUAUGAAAGAUGUGAGUCACCUGGUAUAUUUAUAGAUACCUCUGAACUGUGCAUUUUUAUUACAUAGCAGUUGUCAUAGAUUUCAGUUAUGUUUAACCACAAAGUAUUAGUAAUUAUAAUACAUCAAAAUGUCUAUUUUACUUCUGUUCUGAUCUACGUAAAUUAGUGCAUUUUUUCAUGUUCAGCUACAAUACAUUGUGAAGAAACGUAAAUAAUAUAUUAUUAUGUACUUCACAGUUUUCAUAAUAAAUCUUUUAUAAUGCUCAUA